AUGCAAACACAAAAUGAAAUGAUUUAAACUCCUACAUUAUUAGAUAUUAAGUAACUAAAUUAUUCAUUUGUUUAAGAAAUCAAAUCAGAUCAAGAAAUUUGUUCAAUUCAAUAAUAAUUAAAUUCUUAUUUGCAACAAUUUUAUUGCUUAACCUUAGUCUUUAAGUCUAAUUUUAAGUCAACAAAAUAAUGAUGUUUAUAAUACUUUAAACAUACCAAUUUAUUGAUUUGUUGAAUUAUUUCUAUCAUUACUUUUAGUUGAAAAGCUAGCAUGUUCGAUUGUAAUUAUAAUAUAGUAUUUAGAAAAAAGAAAAGAAUACACAUUUACUUACUUACAGCAUUCUUAGACAGUUUAUUUAUUACUUCAUUUUUAAUAUUAGAAAAAUCAGGAUACACUUUUUACUUAUAUAGCAAUGCUCUACUCGCCUUGAGCGUAAUACUCAAUCUUUAUCCAUUGUAUUUUAACAAUAAAAUGCAAGAAUCAAUAUAAAAAUUGAACAAAACAUCAAUUAUUUUUCGAUUAUAUAUUUUGAUUUGUUCGAUAUUUGUGAGUUUAAAAUUGGAUAAUAUCAUAAAUUGGGAAUGGAGUGCUGUAUUAUGGCCUUUAUGGGUUGGCUUGUUUAGUUCGAUUAUAAUUAGUAUUGGUAGCCUAAUCAUAACAUUCAAUAUGGUAGUUUAAUAUUUAUUUGAGUAAUUGACGACUUAAAAAUCUAAAAGUAAUCAUAUUGCAUAUAAAUAGUAAUUUCUUAUAUAUGGCUAACCAAAUUGUCUAUUUUUGCAACCAUAAGCAUAGGACUUACAUCUUUAGGCUAUUUAGAUUACUUAACAAAGAAACCAAAUUACUCGAAGAAUUUCAUAAUCCUUCAAUAUUUCAUAAUAGCUGAACUCAUUAUCAUAAUGUUCUAUUCAGUUUAUUUCCAUUCUUAAAUAAAUGAAUACAUUUUCAGUAUCCUCCAAGAUGACGAACCAUUAAGUACCUAAUAACAGUUAUCAGCACAUACUCAACGAAACAAUUAAACAUUAUAAAAUUUGAAUGUGCUUUCUUCAAGAACAGGAGUGCCGUAAGUAAUGCAGAAGAUCUCCAAAGCCUAUUUUAGUAUUCCGAAUGGAAGAGAAAAGUAUGUAAGGGAUUCUAUACAUGGUUCUCCUGUGAUCAAGCAAUCAUCAAAAGGACACAAAAGAGCUUUUUCUAGUUAAGGCAUGGGAACUUAGGUGUUUCAAGAAUCAGAUUUCAAAAUAUUUGAUAAACAAUCAUGUGUCAUAAAUUAAGUAAAUACAAAUAGAACAAGGUCUUAGGUCGAAAAAAAAAGAAGCAAUUCUUAAUUAAUAACUGUAAUUAGUAAAAAUAUCGAAGAUUGCUAGAGAUGAAUCCAUCCAAAACUAGAGAUUAGACAUCAGUUAGACUAGCAAUGUUUGUAUAGUUUGUUAUGAGCGAGGGCCGAAUGCUGUGUUUAUGAAUUGUGGACAUGGAGGUACAUGCUAUUAGUGUGCACUUGAUAUUUGGAAAUAAAAAAUGGAGUGUUACUUAUGCAGAGUUGUAAGUGAUUUCAUCUGAAUUUAGAAAAUUGUUUAUAUUUUGAAAGUAGAUCUUGAGGAGAGAUUCGGAAAUCUUUUCAAAGUUAUUUCAACUACUUAAAUGAUAGAUCAAUUCAACAAAUGA